UUUUCAUACACAACAUACACAAGACACUUCCUCUCUAAUCUUCUCCUUCUCCGUCUCUUCUUCUCGGUCCAAUCGCAGAGCCUCUCUCUCUCUCUCUCUCUCUCUCUCUCUCUCUAGAAGCUUUCAUCUCAUACAGUUCACAGUUCUCUCUCUAGAACCUUAUCAUCUGAGCGCUGUUUUUGCUUUCGUUUCGCUCUACUACUGUGGUUUUCGCUCUUGUUGAUUCGCUGAAUCGCUACUGCAUAACUCCAGCCGUUGAUACAAAUUGAGGAUCUCUUUUAGCUAAUUUCCCCUUUUCUUAAUCCAAUGGUUGAGUUUUAGUUCAUUCCUGAUUCUUUUGAUAAUUAGAUAACUUCUUUUAGUCCUCUUAGAUGCUGGGACCUCAUGUUUUUUUAGAGGAGUUUUUGUUGUGCACAGAUUUUAGGGUUUGUUUUUUUUUUUUCCGUUUUCGUUUUACCAUUAUGGGUCUGGGUUUUCCUAAAAUUGCCAUGUUUCGGUCGUUUUUGUUCGCUGGGUAGUUUUGUCAUUUAAUGGUCUUGCUGCUGGUGGGUACAGAGGUGAGGGUCUUCUUAACAUAACAAGCCUUCUUUAGGCAAAAAAGAAACAUGAAUUGCUUUUUAUGAGAAGUACUUUUCAAUAGAAAUUGCGUGGUGAGAAUUCUCUGAGAGUGUGAUAAAGUUUUAUUAAAUUUAUUGAUUGGUGAAAUUGGUUGUUGACUUGAGUGUUUGGUGACUUGAAGUAUAUAGUGUACAGAGAGAAACUUGCACAACUCUAAUUACAGUGUAUAGAGCAGUUUUCAAGAAUUGGGGUUUGCAAAUCUUGGUUGGUGAAAAUAGUAAAGUGAAAAUAAAAGUUAAUUGAUGUGAAAUUUGACACAUAUUGGCCUUAGGAAAUUUUGUUUCGGCACAAGUGGUGAUUGGAUGCUUUAUGUGAAUCGAUUGUAAAGGGAGGAUUCAAGGCGAGGAAAGUGAAUUAAAGUCAGAUUCUGUUGGUUUUGUAGAUAAAAAUAGUACAAUGCCUCUUUUGUGGGUGGAUUGAGGAGCUUAACAAGACAGGUUGUUUUUUUUGGGGGUUCUUUCAUAUGAUCAUGUUUGGUUACUGUCAUGGAUAGGAGUAAGCAUGCUUUAGUGCCAGAAUGGUUGAAAAGUGGCGGAAGUGUCCCUACUUAUGGAAGUGCAAACCACCUAUCUGCAUCAGCAUCGUCGCAAACUGGUAAUCAUGAUGAUCAUCUUGUAUCAAAGCAUGCAGGGAAUAAAUCAUCUAUAAGCACUAGUGAUCGUGAUACAUGCCAAUUAUCAGUUCUGGAAAGAACCACUUCUGCCUAUUUUCACCGGAGUUCUAAUAGCAAUGGUUCUGGUCAACUGCGUUCUACAAGAAGCUUUGGUAGAAGUCACCAUGAUAGGGAUUGGGAAGAUGAAAAUAAUUGUCGGGAGAAGGAAAAGUUGGUCUUAGGUGAACUUAGGAACUAUGAGCUUUCUGAUUGUCUGGAUAACUUUUUGCCAAGUAAAUUUGACAAAGAUAAGUUACGCCGUUCGCAUUCUUUGAUUACAGGAAAGCAAGAUGACACUUGGUCCAAGAAAGUAGCUAGAGACUUGACUAACAAUAAAAAUAAACUUAGCAACAGUAACGGCAAUGGUCUGCUUGCUAGGGUUGGUGAUGGUUCUGUGCAUGAUAAUUCAUUUGAACAGGAUUUCCCCUCAUUGGGAGCUGAGGAAAGACAAGGCGGUAUAGGAAGGGUUUCUUCUCCUGGCUUAAGUGCGGCUACUCAAACUGGUACUUCACCUGUAGUUGUCAGUGAGUAUUGGAAGUCAGCUCUAGCAGAGGUGCCGAUUAUCAUGGGAAGUGUUACAUCAGCUCAGCAAGCUGUUCCAGCAACCUCAGUCACUGUACUACCAAACAUUACAACAGGACACAAUAUGGCUGAAGCAUUAGCACAGGGCCCUCCUCGUUCUCGUACACCUCCCCAGCCGACUGCUGGGAUACAGAGGUUUGAAGAACUGGCUAUUAGGCAGUCAAAAUUGAUUCCCAUGACUCCUUCCAUGCCUAAAACCUUGGUGGUCAGUCCUUCAGAGAAAUCAAAACCCAAGAUUGGUUCGCCGAAACACUCUGUACACUUCAUCAAUCAUACUCGUGGUCCUGCAAGACCUGAUAGUGCAAAAAUGUCUAAUGAGGGCAGGCUUCAGGUCCUCAAAUCAUCACGAGAAUUGAAUGGCAUCUCUUCAGCUGAAAAAGGUAGCUUGAGUCCUACAAAUGGAAGCAAGCCGGUGAAUGGCUUACUUGGUAUCACUCCAUUGACUGCUGGUUCUGUUCCCUCAAGGACCUCAGGCAAUCCAAACCGUCCCAGUGCCGAGCACCUUCCUUCAGUUUUGCGGCCAACCGUAGAGAAGAGACCAGCGUUUCAAAUCCAGAGCAGGAAUGAUUUUUUUAACCACCUAAAGAAGAAAUCCUCCACAAACUCCACAGCUGGGGUAUCGGAUCCUAGUCCUGUUUCAUUGUCAUCCUCCUCAGAGAAGAAGUCUAGUGAAUCUGUCACAGAACGUACUGCUGCUUCAGUUACUGAGAAUGAUGGAGAUUCUUCUUCAUCAGAAAUAUCUGUUACUAGCUUGUCCAGUGAUAAUAGAGGUAAAAUAAUCCACAAUGGAGAUACUUACUAUGGGACUCAUCUAUUUGACAACGGAGAGAAGGAUUCAAACUCUGACAUAACUCCCAACCCAGAUGAGGAAGAGGCUGCCUUUUUACGGUCACUUGGUUGGGAUGAAAAUGCUGGAGAAGACGAAGGCCUUACGGAGGAGGAGAUCAGUGCUUUCUAUGAGAAGUACAUGAAAUUAAGGGCUUCAUCAAAAAUUCUCCACAGAAUGCCACCAAGAAUGUCACUCGACCCUCAGAAUAUUAGCUGUGGUGUUGCUUCAUCUGCACUGAGUUCAUCUGACUCAGAGUCAGAUUCUUGAUUCGCCAGAUGUCUGAAACUGACUUGAAAGUUUGAACUGAUUGCUGGAUGUGGUUUCUUUUGUUCUCUUUUAUUUGGCUGAUAUUGAAUAUAAAAUUCUGAUCCUAUCAGAUGUUAAAAGGAAGGUGAAGGUAUAGGAUGCAUAGUGUCUGAUUUUGUUGGAAAUGGAUUGGAAUGAUCUAUGAUUGAUCCAGUCUGAAGACAAAUGAUUUGGUCAGCUUGCUUUUUCAGCUUAGAAUUUUCUGAGGUAUAAAGGUUGAGAGAAGAGGGUGGGAAUAGUUUUUUUAUUAUGCUGCAAUGUAGGAUGCUACUGGGGAGAUAGGGUAUAAGAAAUUUGUGUUCUCUGUGAAGAGAAGAAUUCAACAGUAUAUUUCUUUGUCAAUUGAAGAAGAAAAAGAAAGAAAUUUUAGAUCGUA